CAACUGUCUCUUAUUUACCCCAGCCGCCCCUUGAGCUACAGUCAGUUAUGCCGGGCCUCCUCCUCUGUGUCGACUACUUAGUCCUCUCCAUAACACUGGCUCUCCUGGAAGACUUGUUAUCUCAACACAAUCCGAAGCAGCCCAGCAGGCCAUGUCGGGCUCUCUGCGCCCUCUCAACUCUCCCUUUGCUUCACCGACUCGAACGCAACUUAGUGCAUUUCUUCCGACAUUGGCAUCCCGAUCUAUCUCUCCACUAUCUGCACCAUUCGUGACGGAGCCUCCGGCCCUCCUACCGCGCGCUAGCUCAUGUUCUGCCACACCUAACGAAGUUCUUGUGCAACUAUCGACUCAAGUGCUUAUACCGGAUUAUUCAAGCUUCUACACGGCAACGCCUCUUGCGCAAUUCCGCCCGUCAUACUCUACAUUUCCCGAUGGCUCCCUCGUUGCAGAUCCUUACAUCGCGGGUGUACGCCGGGGAGACUGGACUUUAUUGUUCUCCGGGAUGAUGCUCAUGCUCUUCAUUAUAACCUCAAUUGUCUCGGCAGACUAUAUUCGACGAGGGAGAGUGAAGUACAAGGGACUAUUCUACGCGCUAUUAAUUAGCCAGUUGUGUGGUGUCGUCUCGUUUGCGCUCACCGCCGCGACAGUCCUUGCCACAGGAAUAAAUUGUCGAGCCGCUCUCGUUGCCUCUGGACUUUUUACGGAACUGUCUUCUGCGAUACUUCUUUCCGGAAUCCUCGGAGUCAAGGCUUACAGAUGCCUAAACGAUUCCAAGGCCGUCCUCUGUAUCAUUUGCGUAUUGCAAGGCGUUUCGUCUACCAUGACUUUCUUGGACCUAGCAAACCAGAAUGCUUCCCGCAGGCUCUCCUUGAUCUGUACGGUGACAAAAGAUCCCAUUUUCUUCUCCCUUGCGACCACCAUACGCUUCGUAAUAGCGUUAUUCAUAUGUCUCUGCUUCAUCUAUGCAUUAUGGAAGUCAGAAAAGCUUCCUGCUGCCCAAGGCCGGAUAUCGAUUUACCUUACAAGUAAUACCCCGCCGCCGCCGGUCACUAAUGAGAAAGAGGGCUCAACAGCGGUGCGACCGCGCGGAUGGUGGGAUUAUGUACCGGAAACACGCCCGAAUGCGAACCCUUCGGAAAUGCAACAACAAUCUCGUGCUCCGACAUGGCAUGUUGUCGAUGACCAAGGCUUUGUCGGAAACAUGCGGUAUUUGGUAGGAGCAUGGAUAAAGGAUGGGACGUCAGCGGAAAAUGCCAAGCGUAAGGGCUCCGAGGCAACCCUGGUUGCACCUAUUCAACGCUCGCAUCGGUCGAAGCCGUCGUUCGUUCAUUUCCAAGACAACUCGGAACAAUCGCGCUUCAGCGUUGCUUCUGUGCCGCAUUCUUCAACACCUUCUAGGACUCGGAGUCUGGGUCCUCUAAUGACCCGUAUGAGGUUAUUCCGAGAGGUAAUGCGAAAUGAGUUGGCCCAUACGGCUUUGAUCACAUUAUUCAACGUUAUUGCAACGGUACUGGGCCUGGUGGGAGCAUUUCGGAGUAAAUCGAUCGACCCAGAAGUUUUCGUCGGCUCAUAUUGGGGUAUCCUUUCGGUACUAGUUAUUCAUAGCUUUGGGCGUGUCGUAGAGCGACAUGAACGCGAAGCCUUCCUUCAGCACCCAUCGACAUGGGAUUCGCUUUACAACGUGGAUAAAUCAGACAACGGUGCAGCGCACCAAGGUCCUAUAAACGAAAGUAUUCCUUACAAUUCUAAUUCAUGGAGAACGCAACCAUCAGCAGAACCGCCAGCAGGCGCUAGCGGUAACAUUAAUGCGAGGGACGCGCGGGAAGAGCCAUCUAGGAAUGUGUCAAAUGCAUCCGAAAAUCCGUUCGAGGACUUCGAGUUCAUAGUUGGAUCUUCAAAUGGUGCAAACACGAGUGUUGCACGGCACGAGUGCCAUUUGGCUCCAGAUCAACCACCUUGUUCACCUGGAGCGGAAUCCUUACUUCCCGACGCGCCAGUCUUGCCUCUCGACCUUGACAGAAAUCCGCGCAUUUCCCUCAUACGGUGGUCUGAUGCUCCUUCUCGCGACUCGGUGUCAAGGUAUUCUGACACCAGUUCUCGACCACGAUCGUUGUUUUACUUGGAAAAGAAUUAACUGCAUUUGUAUUUUUCUCUGUUCAAUUACCUCAUCACUUUUUGUCUGUACUUGCUUCAACGCAUCACAAUCCUUUUACCUCCUCAUAGUCUGUAUUUCACUGUCUGUAUUUCACUAUCAUCCC